AAGAAGAACAAGAAACAGCAGCAGAAGAUCAACAAAAGUGAGCGACAAAAUGCAACGCACGCAGUCGCUGCUGCUGCCGCUGCCAGCGCUGCUGCUGCUGCUGCUGCUGCUGCUGGCGUCAGCGCAGACGCAAACGCAGACGCAGGCGCAGAAUAUAGAUGGGGACUGCAGUUUUCCGGGCUCGCCGGCGCACAGCAGCGUCGUCUUCUCCAGCGCGAACCUGACGCAGGGCACCGUCGCCUCCUACAGCUGCGAGCGCGGCUUUGAGCUGCUGGGACCCGCGCGACGUGUCUGUGACAAGGGCCAAUGGGUGCCGGAGGGUAUACCCUUCUGUGUGCUAAAUGUGGCCGCUGGCAAGGCGCCAAUGCAAAUAUCAACGGAUGGGGCCGGCGCACCACAGAAGGCCAUCGAUGGCUCCACCUCGGCCUUCUUUACGCCGGAGACGUGCUCCCUAACGAAACCCGAACGCUCGCCCUGGUGGUACGUCAAUCUGCUGGAGCCCUACAUGGUGCAGCUGGUGCGUCUGGACUUUGGUAAAUCCUGUUGCGGCAACAAGCCGGCGACAAUUGUGGUGCGCGUUGGCAACAAUCGUCCGGAUUUGGGCACAAAUCCAAUAUGCAAUCGUUUUACGGGCCUGCUGGAGGCCGGACAGCCGCUCUUUCUGCCGUGCAAUCCGCCAAUGCCGGGCGCCUUUGUUAGCGUACAUCUGGAGAACAAUACACCGAAUCCGUUGUCCAUAUGCGAGGCAUUCGUCUAUACGGAUCAGGCGCUGCCCAUCGAACGUUGUCCCACGUUCCGGGAUCAGCCGCCGGGCGCGCUGGCCUCCUACAAUGGCAAAUGCUAUAUAUUCUACAAUCGCCAGCCGUUGAAUUUUCUGGACGCGCUCUCGUUCUGCCGUUCACGCGGCGGCACGCUGAUCAGCGAGAGCAAUCCGGCGCUGCAGGGCUUCAUCAGCUGGGAGCUGUGGCGUCGCCAUCGCAGCGAUGUCAGCUCCCAGUACUGGAUGGGCGCUGUGCGCGACGGCAGCGAUCGCAGCAGCUGGAAGUGGGUCAAUGGCGAUGAGCUGACCGUCUCGUUCUGGAAUCAUCCCGGCGGCGAUGAGGACUGCGCCCGCUUUGACGGCUCCAAGGGCUGGCUAUGGAGCGACACCAACUGCAAUACGCUGCUCAACUUCAUAUGCCAGCAUCAGCCGAAGACCUGCGGCCGGCCCGAACAGCCGCCGAACUCCACAAUGAUUGCGCUCAAUGGUUACGAGGUUGGCGCUCAGAUUAAAUACAGCUGCGAUGCGAAUCAUUUGCUUGUGGGACCUGCAACACGCACCUGCCUUGAGACCGGCUUCUACAACGAAUUUCCGCCCGUCUGCAAAUACAUUGAAUGCGGCCUGCCCGCCAGCAUAGCGCACGGCUCGUAUGGGCUGCUCAAUGGCACCGUCGGCUACCUCAGCCUGGUGAAGUACGCCUGCGACGAGGGCUACGAGAUGAUCGGACGGGCGCUGCUCACCUGCGACUUUGACGAGCGCUGGAAUGGACCGCCACCACGCUGCGAGAUUGUCGAGUGCGAUACGCUGCCGGGCAACUAUUACAAUACGAUAAUCAGUGCGCCGAAUGGCACCUAUUAUGGCUCCAAGGCGGAGAUCAGCUGCCCACCCGGCUACCGCAUGGAGGGUCCGCGUGUGCUCAGCUGCCUGGCUACGGGACAGUGGAGCAGCGCCUUGCCGCGCUGCAUCAAGCUGGAGCCCUCAACGCUGACCACGCCCGCUGCACCACCUUUGCCGCCUUCCACGGCUGCAACGCCCGCGCCGCCCUCGUAUAGGCCCAAGAUCACGGCCAGCACGAGCCGCACGCCAGCCUAUCGUCCCUCAUCCUCCUCCUCCAGCAGCAGCAGCAGUGCCACGCCCAGCACCGCUGCCAGCUAUCCGCAUCCACAUCCCAGUCACAGCACACCGCACGUGGAGAUCAACGGCGAGGCCGACUCCGAGGAGGACAAUAUCAAUGUGCCCGUGCCGGGAACGGUGCGCGAGGAGUUUCCGCCCCGGCGCACCGUCCGGCCCGUGCUCAUUCCCAAGAAGCCGAGCAGCACGCCGGCCACGAGCACCACACAGCAUGCGCCGGCGCCAGUUUCCACCUAUGCGCCGACUCCGGCGCGCACGCGUCCCACGCUGGAGACGAGCACACGGAACACACAGCAGAUCAUACUCAAUUCGCAUCCGCAGGAUAAUGAGAUUGCGGACAGCGUCAACAUACGACAGAAUCAAUCGCCCAAUGUCAACGUUCCGUUCGCCGUCGACAAUCCCGACCGCAAGGAGACCAAAGAGGCCAAACUCAAUCUGGGCGCCAUUGUGGCUCUUGGUGCUUUUGGUGGCUUCGUCUUCCUGGCCGCUGUUAUCACCACGAUUGUCAUUCUCGUCAGAAGAAACCGCACCACGCAGCAUUAUCGGCAUCGCGCCUCGCCCGACUGCAACACGGUCGCCAGCUUUGACAGCUCCACCUCCGGCUCUCGCAAUGGCCUCAACAGAUAUUAUCGCCAGGCGUGGGAGAACCUGCACGAGUCCGCCUCCAAGAACAGCUCGCACAAUGCACUGCGCCGCAAGGAGACGCUCGAUCCGCCCAGCAUGACGCGCUCUCGCGACAAUUUGCGCGACAAUAUGCAACGCUCCCGCGAGAAUCUGGACAGAUGCGGCCGGGAUAAUUAUGGCAUGCGCGACAACUCGGAGAUGGUCGUGUCGGAUGUGUGCCUCAAGGGCGAGAAGAAGCGGCAUCAUCAUCAUCAUCACAAGAGCAGCUCGCGCAACGGCGAUUAUCGCGAUAGGGAUCAGUCCGCCGGACGGCGCGAACAUCACAGACACAGCGGAGGCGGCGGCGUCGGACCCGGCGGACACUAUUGACCAACCAUGAUCAUCACCAUCAGCGUGGAGGAGCAAUAGGGAGGCGAACGCACAACGAAACAAGAAAAAAAAAAAACAACAACAA